AGUCUCCCACCCACUCUGCCCUGCUUUGCCUCGGAAAGCUUCAGCCUCCAGCCAUGGCGUCGCCUGCAAUGGCUUCAACCCUCACUUCUUCUUCUUUCUGUCCUAAGCUGUUCCACAACAAUUUCACAUCCUCUUCUUUGUCCUCAGUUCCAUCUGUUAUUUCUAUCGGUCGUCGUCUGAGAUUUUGCCCUAGUAAAAUCGAGCACCAGCAGCAGAGGAGCAGCAACGGAAUUUCUGUCAAAGCCCUUACCCUAGAUUUCUCUGGUUCGUUCUUCGAAGGAGGAGUUGUUAACGAUGAACCACCAACAACCCCACCUGGUUCGGCCAUUUCGGUGGCGGAGGACAAGGAAGAGCCUCAGUGUCCGCCUGGACUUCGACAGUACGAGACCAUGGCCGUAUUGAGGCCCACCAUGUCAGAGGACGAACGUCUCGCUCUCACCCAGAAGUACGAAGAGUUGCUUGUUGCUGGGGGUGGCAUGUACAUUGAGGUAUUUAACAGAGGAGUUAUUCCACUUGCUUAUAGCAUCAAGAAGAAAAACAGGGCCGGAGAGAGCAACACCUAUUUGGAUGGUAUCUACCUCCUUUUCACCUAUUUCACAAAACCGGAGUCCAUUACUGCACUUGAGGCAAUAUUGACGGCUGAUGACGAUGUUAUUCGAUCCUCAACCUUCAAGAUAAGGAAGAGAAAGUAUUAGACUAUGCUGAUACUGCCUCCUCAGAAGGAAAAUGUAAAGAGGAAGGGAGAGAGUUCUCAUACAUGGUCUUGAGGUUGGUUCUCAAACAUCAAAAUUUUAUGAAAUUCAAUGUACUUAUUUAAUUCUUUCCAAGUUUAUUUGAGUAGGAUGUAGGAAUGUUUUUGUUGCACAGGCUUCAUCCAGUCCAAGAAUCAGUUUGUAAGGUGAAGGUUAUUGUUAGGGGACAUAGAGGAGACUAAAAACAUUGCCAGAUCUCUCCCUUCUGUAACAACAAUGGAUGAAAAGUUAGUUGAUGCAUGGGCUUUGUAUGUCUUUGUAAUUCA